UUGAAAUGUUCAUGCAACUUCYUUAUUGUUGCUUUAAAGGAGACUGACGCUGACGCUGGAAAAAAGCCUGAUGCUGAUGCUGAUACUGAUGCUGAUGCUCAAUCGGGAGAGGGGACAGACGUAAUAACACUUUCCACGCAAUGCCGUGAACACACCAGUUAAAGUCAAGUACAAAGUUGACCCUUGUCGCUGUCAACCGCCCAUGGCAGGAAUAACUACAAGUGUUAGUUAUUUCYUGGWAUURAGUUCCAGUAAGRCUGURRAACUCAAUGAGCCUAUUACUAUGACUUUAAUGCAUUCUGGACCUGGAAAAGAAUAUGGUUAUACAACUACUGUCAUAUCCUUCAAUCAAGACAAAUACGUUUGGGAARAACUAAAAGCUACAGAACAAGAAUCAACCCUUGGACGAUACAGAAAGGAUUACGUUAGAGUACAGAUCAGUAAACUGACUAUCUUAGCAGUUGUAACCAGACUCAUCACAGAUCGAUUCCAAGUCACACCCAAAGGAUGUGUUGUCAGGUCUUCUGUGUGCGAUGAUGUCACGAUUGAGUUCCCUCAAGGAGCUGUUSACAAGACCGUGGAAGGAACAUUGAAAUUGUUACUAAUGACACAGAGGAAGUACCUUGAAAACGAUGAGUAUGGAUAUCCGUGCCCAAUAUUAUUGGUGGAUGGUUUUGAAGGUGUUAGUCUUCAAAAACCUGUCACCAUAAGGAUGCCACACCCUUGUCCCGCGAAAUGUCCUGUGGAAAAAGUAAAUUUAAUGCGUCUUCCAAGUGAAUCUGAAACCGUUCUUGAAAAUGAGUGGGAGGACAUUACAGACCAGAUAAUUUACAAAGAAAUAAAGACAGAUCAGAAAUGUUUUGUAGAGCUACAAGUGCAGCGUUUUUCAUGGCUGUGGCUUUGGGUACUAUCCGUGACGUUGCAGAUGUACAUGUUGCAAAUGAUUGUGAUAGAUUUGAUUUCUUCGCCGCCCCUAUUUGUUCGUGUUGGACUUUUCAAAGCGAAAGAUGAGCAUAGACGGCCUGUUAGUAUGUUGAAGGCUCUCAAAUUGACCCUAACUUGUGUUGCUAACCACGAUGAAAGAUACAUGAGAAAGAUGAAAGAAUCUCAUGAAGAGCUGGCUAUUGCAACCUCAGUGAGUCCACUGCGACAAGGUGACAAAGCCUUGGUCAAGGUAGGAGGAGACUUUAAGGAAAAAUACCAAAGGAACGAGCAGGAAAAAGUCAUUCUUGUGUAAGUKAACGUUUUACAGAAAUGAAAGUUAGAUAAAGGCUAAAUGGUGACGUAGUUUUUUUUCAGCAUCUGAACACAAAAACGAAAAUUUGUUUUCACGAUUUC